CCGUAAAACUACUUCGUCGGAGGUGGCCGGGUGGGCAAUCAAUCAUAUCCGGGCGGGCAAUCAAUCAUAUCCGGGCGAAUGGAUCCUAAUCCCCUCCAGACAUCUUCGCCGGAGGCGGAGGAGCUACAUCUGCCGCCACCUAAAAUUCAGAUAUAUCCCACUUCUACCGGCGUAAUUUCGUCUUUCUGGAAAGAGAAGUAUGAAAGAGACGCAAAGAAGUACUGGGAAAUCUUUUACAAACGCCACCAAGAUAAGUUUUUCAAGGACAGGCACUACUUGGACAAGGAAUGGGGUCACUACUUUUCUGGUACUGGAGGGAAAGUAAUCCUUGAGGUUGGCUGUGGUGCUGGAAACACCGUCUACCCCUUGCUUGCUACAUAUCCAGAUAUAUUCGUGCACGCAUGUGACUUUUCACCACGAGCUGUUAACUUGGUUAAGACACGCAAGGACUUUGAAGAGACCAGAGUCAAUGCAUUUGUUUGUGAUUUGACCGCCGAUGACCUGUGCCAGCAUAUUUCUCAUUCUUCCGUGGAUAUUGUGACCAUGAUAUUUGUUUUAUCUGCAGUAACCCCUGAGAAGAUGUCAGUAGUGAUUCAGAACAUAGGAAAAGUUCUCAAGCCAGAAGGUUUUGUCUUGUUUCGUGACUAUGCAACCGGAGAUCUGGCGCAGGAAAGAUUAAUCUUAAAGGAGCAAAAGAUCAGCGAUAACUUCUAUGUUCGGGGUGAUGGAACUCAGGCAUUCUACUUUUCUGAAGAGUUCUUGUCCAAUCUUUUCAAAGAGAAUGGAUUUGAGACUGAAGAACACGUUUUGUGUUUUAAACAAGUGGAGAAUCGUUCAAGGGAAAUCGUGAUGAAUAGACGUUGGGUUCAAGCCGUGUUCCGUUUGGGUUGUGGCGAACCUGCUGCGAAAACCGGGAGCAAGGUGAAACUCAUUGGUAUGGAAGGCAAUACAAAUGGUCUUGACAUUGAUAUUUCUGAUGGAAUUGCUCUUGAAAUGUUUGGCAUUUCAUCUUCAAGUGAAGAGGUCAUUGACGUGGUCAUAAACGAUUUGCGUUUCAAAAUAAAUGUCCUGUCGAGAGAGUACCAGCACACAUGCAAGUCAACCGGCUUGAUGCUGUGGGAGUGCGCUCGCCUGAUGGCCACGGUGCUCUCCGAAAACCCGGGGAUCGUUGCGGGUAAAAGGGUUCUCGAGUUGGGAAGCGGAUGCGCCGGGAUCUGCUCUAUGGUGGCUUCAACAUCUGCCCAGCUCGUGGUCCCCACCGACGGGGACGCAAGAGCUCUGGACUUGUUGAACCACAACAUCUCCCUGAACCUCAACCCGUCGUCCAUUCCCAGAAAGCUGACCUCCGCGAAACUGGAGUGGGGGAACGGGGACGACAUCGGCUCCGUCCAGAGGCUGAACGGCGGACAGGGAUUUGACGUAAUUCUAGGCACCGACGUCGCGUACGUUCCUGAAGCGAUCGCGCCGUUAUUCGCAACUGCAAGAGAGCUGAUCUCUCUUGGCGGGGCCCUGAUUCUUUGCCACGUCCCGCGCCGAGUUGACGAACCGUCCAUACUUUCUGCCGCGUCAGAAUCCGGCUUCGAGUUGGCGGACCGGUGGCCGGGCACGGAAACCUCCUCCUCACCAGUGGCACCACCUCCCAACAUCAUCAAGAAUUGGCUCUUUCAAGGAUGCAGCCUAAGCACACUCCCUACCACAGGUUUGGUGAGCAUCUUGUAUUUCCAUAGCAGAUCAUCAACUUAUUAGGAGAUCUGUUUGAAACAUUUCUGUGUUAUCUUUUUGAUACUUCUCUUUCAAAGUCCUAAGAAAAUCUCCAAAUUGAUCAUCAUGGUAACAUUUUUCUCUGUCCAUAUUUUUCAAAGUUUUAUCUUGGCAAGACAAUUCUUCACAACUAUUUCUCGAAGAUUACUUGUUGAUACUUGAAGAUAUUUUUUUAGGGUUGAAUAAGGAUCCUUUACUUUU